CAACCCGCCCGCAUACUAAAGACAUAGUGGUGUAUAUGAUAUGUUCGUUAUGCACUAACACUGCACUCGCCAUGUCGACGUGACCUAGCCAAUUUACAUAACGCAAAUGUGAUCUGAUUAACCUGUAAUUGAGACGCAGUUGGCGAUGCGAGGAAUGUGAGAAGAGCGCAGCAGACCGGAGAAGAUAUACCGCAUUCAUUACACCGUAUCUCGUGAACAGAUAUUGACUGUUCAUCGCAGAUCCCACUAUGAAACAAAUAGACGCCCUUCUGUGACGUUUCAUCGCUUGUACACACGAGCAGGGUCCUGUAACAGACAGUACUGUGACUGCAUUGAUCAAAGGUCAUCGGGAGUUCAACUUUUUGUUGACUGCCUGAAAGAAGACAUCAUCUAGGACCUGUAGGACCUGGCGUGAACCAAUACAACGUGUAUCACUCAUCACGCUGAGCAUGGAAUCCGUUGAUGCCAUGGAUGUAGAUGUUGCCAUAACAGCCAUCCAGAACCAUCUCAACUUUCUGGAACAAGUGGACAGUCACGGCCAUCUUUAUGAAGGCCCCGUUCUAAUGAGAGCAAUAGACCGUUACCAACGAUACUGGCUGCCUCUAGCAUCCAAACACAUCCAUGAACUCCUGGCGGCCCCUUUGGACAUUGAGUGGGUCUGGCACUGUCAUAUGUUGUCCCCAGUGUCAUAUCAGAAAGACUGCUUGUCCAUGGUCGGUGUUUUGGUUCCACACAAACUGUUUGAUGCUGAUGAAAGGCAGAAGUACGUGCUCGAGUCACAGAAACUAUGGGAAAAGGAGUAUCCGGAAACACCCUUCCUUGCAGGGACUGAAGGAAUAGCUGUAGGAAGUGACCUUGAGUCUAGUCUAAGCUAUGAUAUUGUCUCAGCCUCAGCAAGGCAGAAGCAGUUUUUCUAUCAGGUAUCCUUACCUCAUUACAGGAACGAAACCUACCUGCAAAAUGGCGUGAGGAGAUAUACACAGUUUCUGUUCCUCCUGAAAAGCAACCCCGAAUCCUUCCUUGCUCCCACCUUUGAUAUUGAUCUGGUCUGGCACACCCAUCAGCUGGACCCGGUCGCCUAUCUGUCUGAUACUAAGAGAAUCCUCGGUAAGGUCCUGAGUCAUGAUGACAGCGUCAACGACAGAUCACAAAACUCCAAGCUUACCAAUGCCACGAAGUUGACAGCCUCCCUUUGGAAAAAUGCUUUUGAUGACAGCUUUUCCUACCCUGGUGCUAUGUACAGAGGUGAAGACCGAAAGGGACAAUUGUAUCGGCUGACAGAGGGAGAAACAAAGACUUUAGGUGUGGUAGAAGUUCUUGUGAAGCUCACGUCCCUUCAAAUAGAUAGACUUCCAACAUGGGCUCGUUCAGCAAAGUUAGAGGUGGUCGUUUUACGAGACGAAGAGGUGGUGCUGAGUAAGGAAACAUACAGCACAAAGACCUGGACUGACAAAGAUACCAUGACUUGGAAGAGGACUAAUCUUUUCCAAGGGAAGAUGUUCACCAACAAAUGCGAUUUAAUCCACUUUAAGUUAAUCGGAAAAUCAGGGUAUGGUAUCUUCAAAAAGGAAGUAGUGUUGGGAGAGGCAACACUUGACUGCCUGUCAUUAAUUGAGACCCCUGAAGGUUGUACAUAUUCAGUUUCUGCUGAGAGAACACUGGACCCAUCGCCCAUCAUAUUGACGUGUAAAGGAGAGAUGUGUCGGCCCAAGGCAACUUUAGAAUUGCAUUACGGACCUUGGAAGCCGUAUAAGGACGGCAUACUGUCACCGAGAGAGGAAGCAUGGGGUCCUGUACCACUGCCACAUCCAGUAAAAGGUGUUCCAGAAAGAUUCCACAUGGCAACACACAAACUUAACGAUGCGGAAAAGAACACAGUUUUUACAUGCAAAGUUGUUCACUCCACGGAUCUGAUGAUGUCAUCAGUUUUUGUGUACCACCAGGAAAGACUGGUCACGUUUGCUUAUCUCAUCGGUGCAGACCAACUUCCUUCACCAGAAGCAAUCGAUUCAUCUUCCGACUUGCCGACUAUAAAUCCCAAAGUUAGGCAACGAGCGAUGUUGAUCAAAAACAGUAGAGGAGAUUGGGGUUCGGUUACCGGCAACUGGGUUCCCGCUACAAGAUCCAUCCCAAUUUCAAGGUAUUCGAGGACUCUGAAGAGAACCCAGGUACUUUGUGGAUAUCUUGAUAUCAACUUCUACAAGUUCUCAACAAAAACCUUGACAAAGAAGCAUAUGACGCAGUACCUUGACGGGAGGUUCACCUUUAAACUUGACGGUAUUGAGUGCAGCACAAGAAGUAUCAAUUUCCUGGACAAACACCACGUGGCUGCUGAGCAAGUUGCCCUGGCUUUGUCCGUCAGUGUCCUGCAUGUUCUCUGUCAGCCAAGGUCGAAAGCAUGGAAAACUGGAUUGUCCCCGAACUAUGGCAGGAAGCUAGAUCGUGGUGUUUCUGCAGCUCCUUGUGAGAAUGUCCCCUUCCUGAUGGCGGCUGGUGUCCUUCAGGAAUGUCCAUCUAACCAUUAUUUAGUGACUUCCUACAGAGACGACAGAAAAACAAGAACUGCAUUGUUCAAGAAAAUUGCAAAGAAAAGUGGACAGCGUGCUUACAACGAGAGUGGCGAUGAAGAAGAAGAAGAAGAAGACGAUGACGAAUCAGCAACAGAGUCAUUUGACGUGGAUCUGUUUGAUGCUGGCUGUGAUGACGACUUUGAUGACCCCUGUACGAUGGGGAUGGAUAGUUUUAUGGCCGACUGUAGCGAGAGCUAUGAUGAUGGUGGAGAUUCAGGAGCGAAUGAUUACUGUGGGGGAGGGAUGGACUACGUCGGUGGGAGUGACUAUGUCGGCAGUUCAUCGUGUGGGGUGGUGUGUGGAGGUGGCGGUGGAUGUGGAGGAGGUGGUGGCUGUGGUGGUGGGUGUGGAGGAGGUGGUGGGUGUGGUGGGGGAUGUGGAGGAGGUGACUGAAAAUACAUGAACUCUCACAACAGUGAUUAUUUAUUUUUUUUAUAUGGUUACAGGUUUCAGGUUUAGAAAGUUGUCUGGGGAUCAUUGUAAUGGUUCACUGCUGUGAAUUGUUGAUGAUGUAUUUACUGAUAACAGUAAUGUAACGCUGCCCUUAAACAUGUUGUAUCAUGGUUAAAACCGUUGUAAUAAAAGGUCGAAUGGUCGAUUAUGAAGACGUCUCACCUCAGAAGCUCUGUUUGACGUUUGUUGCAAGACAUGUUGGGCAGCGUGAUCUUCAAUAUGGCAGUAUGUUUAUCCAAAUGAUGGUAAUGGUGAAAUAAAAAGUUCAGCCGAAUAAUGUCUCUAAUGUUUCUCAUAUAAGCCCUCUGUGCCCGAGGGGUCUAUUCAGCCCUUGAUAAUAUGUAUUGCCCUAAUCACUCACUCGUUUCAGUUGGGUGUUGAAUGGUGUCAAUAUUCAUUUUCCAUACAUUAUGUUUCCCAAAUAUAUAAACGUAUAUAAACGUAUAUCGAUCAUUUCCUACAGGAGAUAUAAAGUACUACGUAGGAGAUAGUAAGUCCUACGUAGGAUAUAGUCAGUCCUACG